AUGUCGCUACCUCAUGAAGGAUGUCAUCAGGAAGGGUGCUUUGGCAAAGUCGCCAAGGCUGUGAAAUUAAAGACAUCAGAGCCCGUGGCCCUCAAGAUCCUAAAACUGAGGCUGCCGCUAAAAGAGAGGGCACCUGAAGUCUUCCUGGGUCUACCCGUGUCCGAGGCCAUAGACAUGUGGGGUCUUGGUUGUGUGCUUGGGUUCGUGUACCUCAGAAAAAAGCUGUUUGCGUCACACUGUGUACCAAUUAGAGGCAUCGUAGACAUUCUGGGCCAGCCAGCUGACCACCUCCUGAGUGCUGGGAAACACACCCACACAUUUUUUAAGGCGAACCAGCACUGGGACAAACCAAGAUGGUGGAUGAAGACCCCGAGGGAAUACCAGAUUGGCACUGGCAUUGAGCCCAAAAGAUGGCACAUGCGUUUAAGAAACCUGGAUGACCUGAUUACACACGACCCAAGGACGCAGGAAAACAUUGAGCUGGAGGAUCAAAGGGCAUUUGUCAAUCUCCUGAAAUGCCUGCUAAAUACAGAUGCAGAGAAGAGGAUCACUCCGGGGAAGGCUCUCACUCACCCCUUUGUCACAAUGGCCCAUCUGGUGGAUGAAGUAGAGAUCAGCUUAUAUGCCAAGAAUUCUUCAAAGAAAAUGGCGGUCGUACCAACGGACAACUUCGAUGAGGACCUAUCUCCUAAUGGUGAGGCUGAAGGAGAGCCCAAUGAUGAAGAGCCUUCAGCCACAGCUCAUUUCAAUGACGCAGCUGUUCCUCGCUCCUGUGACAGCAUGCCUCGCUCAUCUGAUGGAGCAGAGGCUGCUGCAGAGAUAGAGGAUAUAUUUUUUACAGCUUUAGAGGAACCAGCUGUUUGCCAAGUUGCAGCCAGUCCAGCUGACGGUGAGGCUCAGGAAAGGCCCAAAGAUGAAGAGCCUUCAGCCACACCUCCUAAAAAUGAUGCCGGCUCAGCUGUUCCUCGCUCCUGUGGCAGCGUUGAAAAAAUGCUUCAUUCAUCUGAUGGAGCAGAAGCUGCUGCAGGAAUAGACGCUGCUGGCUCAGCUGUUAGCCAAGGUGUAGCCAGUCCAGCUGAAGAGACAUCGGCCGAUGGCGGUCACCAGAUGAGUGUCCGCCUGCCAAAGAUAAGAAGAGCCGACUGA